AUGGCAAGCUCCAGCAAGGCAUCGCAUGAAGCGCCGUCAAACCAGGCAUUGGCCAACGGAGUCAACGGCAUCAAUGGCAAAGAAUCUCCAGUCGAUCGCAUCACAAGAUUAUUGGCCAACGACACCAAAGUCAAGGUAGCAGGCAUAGACUGCGAUGGCCUACUGCGUGGCAAGAUCAUCCACAAGGAUAAGUUCCUGUCGAGUCUCGGAUCCGGGUUUGGCAUGAGCUCUGCUAUCUUUGGCUGGGACAUGCACGAUGUCUUGUACACUGAAGAAACAAGCUUGACGGGCGCCGAGAGCGGCUACCAAGACUUUACCGCAAUGAUUGACCUAGACUCGUUUCGAAGACUGCCCUUUGAGGAUAACAUUGCCUUCUUCCUUCUUCACUUCUACAUCCAGGAAAAGCCUGUCUUUGCAGAUGGUCGUGGCCUGAUCAAGUCAUUGACGAAUGAUCUGGCCGCCAAAGGCUACGAAGCACUGGCCGGAGUGGAACUCGAGUUUAUGAACUUUCAGACCCCUUCCGAAGAUGGCUAUAGCGAUCCCAAUGGCCGACCGAACCUCGCAGCAUUCCUUGCCUCAAACGCACCCAAGGCUCUUCGUCCUGUAACAGCAGGAGCCUUUGGAUACAGCGCGACGAGGCCCAUCAUGGCCAAAGAAUACUUCCACGCUAUCUUUGACAAGAGCUUGGAGAUCGGCUGCCCUAUUGAGGGAUGGCAUACAGAGAGCGGGCCAUGCGUUUAUGAAGCGGCCCUCGCUGUUUCUCCCGUCUCGCGUAUGGCCGACAAUGUCGCACUCUUCAAGCUCGUUUGCAAAUCGAUCGGCGUCGAACAUAAUAUUACUCCAUGCUUCAUGGCCAAGCCUAUCCAGGGUCUCCCUGGCAACUCUGGCCAUAUUCACGUAUCCCUCACGAGCGAGGGUCAGAAUGCAUUCGUUCGAGAGACACCUGAUGCCGAUGCGCCAUGGUCCGACAUGGCAUAUCUCUCUGAUACCGGGCGCCAUUUUCUCGCAGGAAUCAUCGAGGCGAUGCCCGAUAUCAUGCCAUUACUUGCCCCAAACGUCAACUCGUUUAAGCGUCUGAUCGAGAAUUAUUGGGCACCCGUCUCUGUUAGCUGGGGCUAUGAGGAUCGUCUCGCAUCUAUUCGACUGGUUGCACCUCCAAGCUGCAAGCCCUCAGCGACGCGCUUCGAGAUCCGUGUGCCAGGCGCGGAUAUCCAUCCACAUUACGCUCUCAAUGCCAUCUUUCGCGCGGGACUACGCGGCAUUGAGAACAGGAGUCAAGUCACCAUCCCGCCUGAGUCGGCACGGCCCAAGGACAGUCCCGCUGAGCGGUUACCCAAUAGCCUGGAGGCUGCCGUCGAGCGUUUUAGUUCCAAGGGCUCGGUAGCUCGCCAGAUCUUUGGCGAUGAGUUCGUUGACUUCUUUGCCGUCACGCGAAGACAUGAGUUGAGGCAGUGGAGGGAAGCCGUGACUGAUUGGUAA